AUGUCUUCUAAACUUGGAAAAGGUGCUAAAUUAUCAGCCAAAAGGCGUGAAGAAUUCUUAAAAAUGACAGCCGGUAGAAACAUCACUCAGCUAGAUACUGAGCGGGCAGCUGCGCACCUGGUCGAAUCUACUGGCUCAACAUCAAUUCCUCCUCCAACAACUUCAGAUGAACAAGUUACUUUAAAUACAAUUAAGGAUAUGCUUCUUGAGCUAACUGAGAAAGUGAAUAGAAUGGAGCGAAAGAUUUCUGAAAUGGAUAAACGUAUGAUAGAAGGUUUAAAUCUUUCUAAUGAAACUAAAUAUAUUAAAAUACAAUUAAAGGAGGCAGCUGAAGAAUACCUUAUAGAAAACGAAUCAGAUUUUUAUGAGUCAAUGGAAGACAUUCAGUGGAAUGUUUUUUAUGAAGAUAAACUAGCAAAGCCG